AUGAAGGAGUUAACGGAGAGUGCGGCAAGUCCAGUUGUGCAUCAAAACAUCAAUAUACAACAGCAUCUACAUCAGUUACACUUGCACCAGAACCACACGAGCGUUAUUUUGGCCAACGAACAACCCCAGACGUCUCAGCCUGAAACCACCCAACAUGAAGCUGAUACUAAACCAACUAGUACAGAAAAAAAGUCGGGAAUACGACGGCAGGAAAAACCACCGUACUCCUAUAUAGCGCUGAUAGUUAUGGCUAUUCAACAUUCACCUACAAAACGACUAACUUUAAGUGAAAUCUACACUUUCUUACAACAAAGGUUCCCGUUCUUCAGAGGUUCGUAUCAAGGAUGGAAGAACUCAGUGAGACACAAUCUUUCGCUCAACGAGUGCUUUAUAAAACUACCCAAAGGCCUGGGACGACCAGGAAAAGGACAUUAUUGGACGAUCGAUCCUGCUAGUGAGUUUAUGUUCGAAGAAGGCUCUUUCCGGCGGCGGCCGCGAGGAUUUCGGAGAAAAUGCCAAGCUAUGAAGCCGCAGUAUCAUCCAGGUUCGUUCUUUACCAAUAAUAUGGCUAAUAUCGUCAACCAAGCUGCUUCCUACGAUCACCAAUCACUUAUAACCCAAGAUUACAACACCUGUUCAUACAACGGUACUCCUCAAGUUCCUAGUGUCUCAGCAUCGCACUACGGGAACUACGAAUACCCUUCUAUGUACCAGCAGCAAUGUGAUAGAGAGUGGAGCGGUGCUACUGGACUGUUACCUUCAUAUUCAGAUAGUACGAUUUCUAGUACGUAUAUGAAAGCUCCUUUGAGCCCGAUCAACGACGGACAAGAAGGUUCAUCGCCUGUGUUGAAUGAAAAUUACUACCCCUAUGGAGGAAUCAGCUCGUCGUCUUCAGAAAACAUGAUGAGGCCACCAAGCAACUCAGUGCAACCAGUGCAAUGUGAUAGAAAACCGUACAUAGGUCCCCCGUCGCCUUCGAUUCCAGCGUCGCUUCCUUCGCCUCCUGCAGCUAACACACCUCAUUCGUUUUACGAGACCACAGUUAAAUACAGUAUGUGA